UUACGUCACGAACGGAGCUGUCUCCUGGAUGCAGCUGUUCUUCUGUAAACAUGGCGUCCGUAACAACAGCCACCUCGGAAUGGAUCCAGUUCUUCAAAGAUGCUGGGAUACCUGCUGGUCUGGCUGUCAACUAUGCUGUGUCUUUUGUGGACAACAGGGUCCAGAAGAACAUGCUGAUGGACCUCAGUAAGGAGAUCAUGAUGGACCUGGGCAUCACUGUCAUCGGUGACAUUAUUGCCAUCCUCAAACACGCCAAACAGGUCUACCGACAGCAGUUACUCCAAUGCUGCCUCUCUCCCACCUCCCCUUCCCCUCUCCAGGACAUGUGCAAAAUGGCCACACAGGCCAUAACCUCAGGACAGUCCAGCGUUCAGACCGAACUCCGAAGAACUGCCAACACCCCCGCCACACGUAUGAUUGCCAACGCCUUAAGCCGCGACUCACCGCCAAGCACACCAGCCCAUCACCCUGACAACCGGGCAAUCUCUGUGACAGUGUCCAACAAACAGGCCAAGAGUGGCAAAGCAGUGCUGAGCCGGCCUGCUGACGAGGGGAACGGUCUGCCGGUGAAGCGUCGGCGCGUGACUGCAGAGAUGGAAGGCAAGUACAUCAUCAACAUGCCCAAAGGCACCACGGCACGCACCGCCCGAAUCCUGGCCCAGCAGGCCAAGAAAGGGAACAAGCGGAUGUCUGUGUUUGAGCGACUGGGAGCCGAGUCCAAGGCAGAUACCACCACGGGUAGCAGCAAGCCCACGGGUGUGUUCAGUCGUCUGGGCCGAGCAGACGGAGCGGAGGAGGAGCAGGGAACAGCAGGAAGGGUUGAUGUAGACGGAGUGGAAGAGGAGGAGGAGGAGGAGGAGGAUGAUAGUGACGGAGAGGGUUCGGUCCUACAGUACGCUGGCGUCCUCAAGCGACUCCCACCCUCCCAGAAGAAAGAGCCUGGGKCCCCCAAGCUGGCCCCCACCACCCUCCGCCGCCUGGGAGGGAAAUUCAAACUCCCCCCCACUGAUUCUCCCUCCUCCUCCUCCUCUUCCUCCCCCGAUGGCCUCCCCCCUGCCAAGCUCAGCGUGCUUCAGAGACUGGGCAAGCCCCCUGCCUCCCCACCGCCUGCCGACACCCAGGACAGCCRGGUGACCAGCACCAGAAAUAAGGCCCGACCAGGCCUGGCCCUGGCUAGCCCCAAGGUCACCAGCAGCACCAGGGCUGGAGGAGGGGAGAGUUUUGGGGCUCAGAUGGACGUAGGGUCAGUCAAUGUCUUUAAGAGACUAGGCAGCAGGAGGACCUAACACAUAUCAGGUCAUGUCUAGACUUAAACAGUACCUUUUUAUUAUUUGGUAUUAUUCCCCCUACGUGUUGGAGUCAUGAAAAGCAUUGUGUUAUUAUAUCCAACCGUAGAGGUUUGAGACGACCACUGCAAUCGGCCUGGGUGAAUGAACAUUUUGGAUGUUGCAUCAGGUUUUGAAAGGUAAGUUUAGUUUCUAUAGGCAUGAAUUUACCCAUCUACCUAACUACAUUUUUAAGUUGGACACAUACAGAUGAAAGAUAGCCACGCUAUGGUGCGGUAUUCACUCUCUGCAUUUUCUCCACGCUGCUGUUCCUCUCCCUCUGCCAAACAAGGAGAUUAAAACUGCUGUACCCAUCUCUAGCUUUUAGUUGUAUUGUUUUAUACUAUUGUUAUGGCAUGGCACCAACACAGUGGCCUCUUGACCUCAUAUGCCUCCAGUUGGGGAUGCCAUCCGUUACACACCCCCCCCCCCGGACGGCUAGUUAUUGUGACAUGUUGAUAACAUCACAUAAAGAGCUAACCAGGAUACCAACAGAGACCUGUUUGUGCUAACAUUCCACUCCUUGUCAUGGUAUGUAGGUUAUAUGACGCAGAGUACAAGGGGUGGAAUGUUAGCACAAAACAGGUCUGUAUUUUAGGCUUUACGGAGAGCUGCUUCUAGUGAAGCUGGCUAAGUGAUCAAAUGGAUUGUUGGAAUGCACGAUGUAACGUUAUUCACCAUAUCACGUAAGCACUCGCCUCACCUGGGCUGUGACUACCUGGUACAGUCCACUGCUAAGACUUUAAUGCUGUAACUCUGGCCCUAGACUGGACAACAGCAACUGGCAAACAGCACAUCAAUGAACCUCUCAACCCACAAGCAAGAGCAUCUCAUCACCUCCUUUUAUAUGAACUGUAUUUGUAGAAAUGUGUAAAUGCAUAUUGCUUGAUGAUGCCUACCUUUUGAAGGCUCCACCACCACAUUGAACCUCUGGUUGUGUACAGCCAUCUGCUUGAAAGCCAAGAGAUUCUGAGUUGUCUGUUCACGGAAAAGGAAGUUACCCACCCUUGACCUGGAAGUAGAUUUUAUUGUGAGGUUUUUCCCGGGGCUUAUUCAGUACGUAGAAAUGUAACGUAUAGAGCUCACAUGAUGCUUUAGUUGACUAACAAGAGAAGCAUGUUAGUUCUGCACCAUACCCUUUCUAUCUAAAUGUGUAAUGUGCUUUCCUCUAUAAGCCCCUGGUUUGUCAUAAUUCAGCAUGGUAUAGGAACUGAUAUGUAAUGUCCCCUUGAUAUUGAUACAAUACUUAGCAGGUGUUCACCCAACUCAAUGUCAUUUUGAGACUGUGUCUUUUAUUUAUUUUUUAUUAAACUUCACACCGGAACUUUGCUACACUAUCUAUAUUUUGAAAAUCAUGACAAAAAAAACGACAUCCAAGGUUUUAUCGUUUUUAAGAUGUAAUGGAACAAGUCACCCUGCCAUCAGAAAGUGAUCUUGAAGAUAAACAAGAAAAUGGCG